CAACACUUUGAUAAAAAUAUUAAAGAUCAUUAUAAGAAGGAAUUUGAAAAUCGAACUAAUUUGUGAGAGUUUCUGAAGGCAUCAUGUGGAUUAUACACCCUUUGUUAAUUAUUACUCUUUGUAUGUUUCUCUUCAAUGUGCUGGCAGAUAACAAUAAAAAUGCAGCAAACCCAGCUUGUGAAUAUCUUCAUCCGUUGAUGUACGCCAUCAUCUGUUUCCUCGCUGCCGUAAUUCUUAUUCUCCUGAUAAUUCUGUUUAAAAUGUUCAUCUCGAUGCAAAGUGCCAUUAAAAGAGACACUAUCCACACAACCAGCGACACGAGAGAAUCAACUGCUUUGUGUCAGAACAAUGCAUUAAGUGUCUCCCCUACUUCAGGUGCAGAUAAUUCAUCCUCUACUAGUUCUGGGACCCCUGAAGGCUCGCUGUCAGAUCUUUCCACUAGCUCUCAACGAUACGUAAGCCUUGAAGACCGUCGAAAGACUUCUGACUACAUAAAUGUUUCAGAAACUGCUUCCCUUGGACUAGUGGACUUUAAAAAAAUGGAUACAGACUAUGUGAAUGUUAAAGAGUCCCAACAGAAAAAGGUGAAAAGGAAAGGCCAAGUGAGCUGUGAUGACGGUACGACAAGUUUGAGCAGCGAUGAUUCUGCUCUGAAUUACUCCAAGGUUGUCUUUACUAAGGCAGAGAAGUAA